GAAGCCGAGGACGUCGGGUGUUGUUCUCUCUCUUUCUCUCUCUCUCUAUUAACUUUCUAGAGAGAGAAAGAGCCAAUCACAAAACAAUACCAAAAUUUCAGUUCUUCUAGUUCUUUCUUUCUUUGAUUAUUGCCGAGCCCGAAAUCGUCCCGUGUCUUUGCCCAAAGUCACAGACAGAGAAUCAAGGUCUGAGGACCGCUUCAUAUAGAGAAUUUUUUUUUCUUUUUUUUUGUGGAGAGAAAAGCAGCGGGGCACCGAUCUCAACGGCGAUUGAGUAGAGGGGUGUGUACAGAUGGCCACGCUUCAGACUUGGAGGAAGGCUUAUGGUGCUCUCAAGGACUCCACCAAAGUCGGCCUCGCCCACGUUAACAGCGAUUUCGCGGAUUUGGACGUUGCGGUCGUCAAAGCUACGAAUCACGUCGAAUGUCCACCCAAGGAGAGGCACAUCAGAAAAAUUUUGGUCGCCACGUCUGCGAUCAGGCCACGAGCCGAUGUUGCCUACUGCAUUCAUGCGCUCUCGAGGCGAUUGGCGAAGACGCAUAAUUGGACGGUGGCAUUAAAGACACUCAUAGUUAUCCAUAGAGCAUUAAGGGAGGGUGAUCCUACUUUCCGGGAAGAACUUCUUAAUUUCUCACAGAGGGGACGCAUUCUCCAACUGUCCAAUUUCAAAGAUGAUUCAAGCCCUAUUGCUUGGGAUUGCUCUGCCUGGGUACGUACAUAUGCACUGUUUCUAGAGGAACGACUUGAAUGUUUUAGAAUUCUGAAGUAUGACAUUGAGGCUGAGCGCCUCCCCAGACCUGCCCAAGGGCAGGAGAAGGGUUACAGCAGGACCAGGGAAUUGGAUAGUGAAGAACUAUUGGAACAGUUGCCUGCUUUGCAGCAGCUGCUACAUCGUCUUAUUGGAUGCCGGCCGGAGGGAGCUGCUAUUGGCAAUUAUGUGAUACAGUAUGCACUGGCUUUGGUACUCAAAGAGAGCUUUAAAAUUUAUUGUGCUAUUAAUGAUGGAAUUAUCAAUCUUGUUGAUAAGUUCUUUGAGAUGCCCAGACAUGAAGCUUUUAAAGCCCUUGAAAUCUAUAAACGAGCUGGCCAGCAGGCUGGGAGCCUUUCUGAUUUCUAUGAAGUUUGCAAAGGUUUGGAACUUGCUAGAAAUUUCCAGUUUCCUGUUUUGCGAGAGCCUCCACAAUCUUUUCUUGCAACCAUGGAAGAUUAUAUAAGAGAGGCACCACGGAUGGUUUCUGUUCCAAAUGAGCCAUUGCUUCAAUUGACAUAUAAAUCAGAAGAUGCUCCUUCUCCUUCUGAAGACACAAAAUUACCUAGUGAUGAUGAACCCAAGCUAGAGUCUUCAGAAAAUGUUGAAGACUCCAGUGUUGAGGUUGCUCAUCCUCCCCCUCCUCUCCCGCCGAACAACUUGGAUAAUGGAGAUCUACUGGGAAUAAAUGUUGUUGCUCAUGAUGCAUCUGCAAUUGAGGAAAGCAAUGCUUUGGCUCUAGCCAUAGUUCCAUCUGGGUCUGCAGCUGCUGCACCAACAUUUGACUCCGGUGCUUUUCAAGCAAAAGACUUUGAUCCUACUGGAUGGGAGCUUGCCCUGGUGACCACUCCAAGCAGCAAUAUUUCUUCAGCGAAUGAGAGGCAAUUGGCUGGCGGACUGGACACACUCACUUUGAACAGUUUGUAUGAUGAAGGAGCAUACAGAGCUGCCCAGCAGCCUGUUUAUGGAGCUCCAGCCCCGAAUCCAUUUGAGGUACAAGAUCCAUUUGCUGUAUCUAAUGGUGUUGCUGCUCCUCCAGCAGUUCAAAUGGCUGCGAUGGCUCAACAGCAGCCCAAUCCCUUUGCUCCAUACCCUACCUACCAGCAGCAGCAACAGCAACAGCAACAUUUGAUGUUUGGUCCACCCAAUCCUUUUGGGGACACAGGGUUUGGGGCAUUUCCUCCCAACACUACUACUGCUCACCCUCAAAAUAACAAUCCUUUUGGAAGCACCGGCCUACUGUAACGACAGUUUGGAACAUCUACAGAAUGUAAUCUUGGUGGUUCAGUUGAUUUUCUUUUUGUAUUUGAGGCGAGUAAAGCAGUGUGGUUUCUUGUAUCCUUUCCACACCAUUAGAUCGAUUAUUGGUUUGGGGCAUGGAUCAUUUGUUUGUCUGGAUUAUGAAAGAUGGACUCAAUGAUUGGAUACUGAAAGAUGUAUAAUGAGUAAAGAGGAAUGGUUGAUUAUAUCGUCAUCAAAUCACUUAAGCUA